AGCUGGCAUUGUCUGCUGUUUAAAUAAGGGAGGAAAUUCAGAACAUUUCUGGAGAAAUGAAUUCUUCUUUAUCAAGGGAUGCUCAGGUUAAGAUCAUGGAAGGGACAGUGAACAACGCAGAGAAGUACGUUGGCCAGUUCUGCAUGCUCCUGGCUUCCUACACGCGGAAGAAUGCCAGACUGAGAGACAAGAUUGACCUGCUGAUAAAAAAGAUUAUGGACUUUGCAAACACCGAGAAUCCAGAGAUGCGAAGAUGCCUCAAGGACUUUGGAGAGGAGUUGUCUAAAAUUCAGGACUAUCGUCAGGCAGAGGUGGAAAGACUGGACGCCAAGGUUAUUGGACCACUAAAGGCAUACGGUCCGCUGACAAAAUCCAAACGGACAGACAUCAAAAAAUUUAACAGCGUCAGAAAUCGUGAAAUGAAAGAACUGGAAAACCUGCAAAAGUUGAAACAGAAGAACCCUUCAGACAGGCAAGGGAUUUCACUGGCUGAAGCUAGUGUGCAGAAGGCUUCAGUUGAUGUCAAUCACACCACACAUCAGCUGGAGGAGAUCAUUUACAAAUUUCAGCAGCAAAAACUGCAGGACAUUAAGGCCAUUUUCUCAAAUUUUGUGACAGUCGAAAUGAUAUUCCAUGCCAAAGCCCUUGAGAUGUACACGAAUGCCUUCCAACACCUGAACAACUUUGAUGAAGCGAAGGAUCUGGCGGCUUUUAGGUCAAAGAUCUCCAUCAGUGAAUUUGAAAAUGACGCGCGACCAUCUCAGUCCCAAAGCAGCUCAAGCUUACAACCUUCCCCAGGCAGUCAGCUCCGGACUCCAAGAGCUCUUCGUGCUCAUUUUCAGGACGAAGAGUCAGAGGAUGAGGAGCAAGAAGAUGAAGUUGAAGAGUUGCAGGAUCUCAGUGAUGAUGAUUACAAUCAAUAUGCGAAAAUUAGAAAAUGAGCAAUACUGAAGGAAAGCAGUGCCCACUUAGCAAUAUUAUUUUCAAAAUGCUUUUGGAUGCGAAAUGAUUAAAGUAGAAUCUAGGCCAAUCCAA